UCUACAGCUCUCCUGACGGUCACUGAUGGGUGUCACCAUUAGGCAUCAAAGUCGAGACAAAGGGGAAGUUAAGAGCAGAGACGUAUGGAGAGCAGAGUAGCUGGUGAACUGUAGAACAGAACAGAGUAGAGAUGUAGAAGUAGAUAAUCGUAAGGAGAACCAGAGCAGUCCAGUAUAUACUGUAGCAAAGCUUCCUGGAACGUACUGUGGUUGUGGACUGUAGGACCCUGAAACUCAGGUGAAUGGAAUAUCAUUUUGUGGAGAUAUAACCUGGUCAAGACAGAGUGAGGAGGUCGAGGCAGUGUGGUGCUGUGGACAGCAAAGGAUUAUGGGGAAGGAGGAGAACUUGUAUGCCAAUGUCAAGGGUGUGUCGCACAACCAGGGUCAACGCAGCCCAGACAACGCCCUCCUGUGGUCGAGACUCACAGACAGACACAUGGCAGUUUCAGAGAGGAGAACCUAUAAAGCUGCAGCAGUGUGUCUGGGGCUGCUGUGUGUUCUCCUGCUGGCUGGGGUCAUAGGAGUGGGACUCUUCCACGUCUAUUGCUGUCCUAAUGGCUGGAAGAAGUUGAACUGCAGCUGUUACUAUGUCUCCACUAAGAGGAAAAACUGGACUGACAGCAGACAGGACUGUAGAGACAGAGAAGCAGACCUGGUGAUCAUAAACAGCCCAGAGGAACAGGUAUUCCUGAAUAAUCUCAAGAAGAGAGUGUGGAUCGGUCUGACUGACACAGUAACAGAAGGGACCUUUAUCUGGGUGGACGGAACUCCACUGACCACACUCAAGUACUGGUUGGGCUCUCAGCCUGAUAAUCACUCUAAACCAGGCAGUGAUGGUGAGGACUGUGCUGAGAUAUACUACUCACCUUCUGACGUUCCUCCUCCUAAAACAUGGAAUGAUUACACAUGUGAUUCUGAUAAUUUCUGGGUCUGUGAGAAAAGGAUCUAACAGAUCUACUGUGGGUUUUCAAUGGAUAAUACAUUUUUCUAUGCAUUGUAUUUUCCAGCUACAUUAUUGUCUUGUAAAUAACAUCUGUCAUAGCUGCAGAACUGAAAGAACUGUGAUGAUGAGCUUUCUCUUCCUAUGGCUAACAUGAACUAUAUAAUGUAAGAAUGAGUUACAUAGACUGAAACAUUGUAUUACUGUUCAGUUGUAUUUACCCCUCAGCUUGAUUUUCCUUCUUAGAACAUGUGUUAUUCCUGAAAUAAAAGAGUCCUUUGGUCAUGUUGUCUGGACUCCUCAUUGACCCUGCAUUUCAGUGUGUCUCUAUGACAUCAGCCGUGUACCAGACCCUGCUCAGUGACUCUGGGGCAGUGUGGGAAAUACUGACUACC